AUGAAGACAUCUCUUCUCUCCCAUAAAGACAUCUAUGAAGCCAUCUCUUCUCUCUAUAAAAGAGCAUCUAGCAAACCAUCUCUUCUCUCUAUAGAAGACAUCUAUGAACCAUCUCUUCUCUCUAUAAGACAUCUAAGACCAUCUCUUCUCUCUAUAAGGGCAUCUAUGACCAUCUCUUCUCUCUAUAAAGUCAUCUAUGAAGCCAUCUCUUCCUCUAUAAAGAACAACCAUGAAGCCAUCUCUUCUCUCCAUCUCUUCUCUCUAAAAAAGACAUCUAUGAAGCCAUCUCUUCUCUCUAUAAAGACAUCUAUGAAGCCAUCUCUUCUCUAUAAAUACAACUAUAAGCCAUCUCUUCUCUCUAUAAAAGACAUCUCUUCUCUCUAUCUCUUCUCUAUUUACUUCUAUAAAGACAUCUAUGAAGCCAUCUCUUCUAUUUAUAAAGACAUCUAUGAAGCCAUCUCUUCUCUCUAA